UAGAAAUGAUUAGUAUUGUCUUUAAAUUAAGUAAAUCAAAGGCUGACAAAAAAGUAAAAAAAUGUUUUUUAAGAGGUUUGGGAAAUUACACCUACAUGGAAUUGUACAAACAAAACCCGCACAACAAAUAA